GCGAGAGAUGAGGGAGCAGAAUGGCAAAUUCCCCAGGGCACUAAAAUAGUGGCAGGAACGGAAGCUUCUGGAUCACUCUUCGUCUGUUGCGCGGAAGGACAUCCGUCAGUGAGCAGGAGGUCGGUCAGUGGAAGAGAGAGUGACUCAUACGUGACAGAACGCUCUGAGAGGGCGAGAGCAGCGGGACGAGGCCCCAAGUGUUAAUUCGGACGCAAAUUCGCGCGGGUUUGAAAUCUCGUGCUCGUGCUCGUGUCCGUGUCCGUGUGUCUGUGUCUGUCAUGAUCGAAAUUGACAAGCGCAUGCCCGCGAGUAGCAACGCUGUCGAUUCUUCUUCGCCGAUGCGAGAUUGGUCUCGGCGCCAAUCAGUGAAAAUGCGUAGGGCGUGAGCUUCUCUGUGAGAGGAGGAAGGGGCAGAGAGAGAGGGAGAGGGAGAGGGAGAGGAAGAGGAAACGCGAGCUUUUCGUUUUUUUUCAAACGCAGUUACACGUUCUGCCGUCAAUGAUUGGUAAAAUUAAGAAGUGGAGUUACAUGAGAAGUUGAAGCUCUUCCACAUUUUAGUUGAGACUAGAUUCGAGCUGAGCGGGUGGGGAGCUGUAUUGGGAAUUCUCGAUACGCAAUCGCAGUGGAGGGCACGCCGAGAGCAUGUUAUGACCGAGAAUCACUUGGCCACUCCAAGUACCGAAAAUCUACCUGCAUUUCAGCCUUAAGCGAGUCGAAGUGGCUGGUUGGGAAUUGCUGGCCAGACGCUCUGCUAUCCUGUCUAAACCCAGCUCGUUGGUCGAGCAAAGCUACAGUAUACGGCGAUGUCGCCAGUACGCUGAAAAUGUUCAAUGUUGUAUUGAGGAGAACGCGGCCGGAUUCAGCAGUCAGUGGGACUUUCACCUAGAUACAUUCCACAGAUCUAGAGUCGCGUUCCAGGUAGGAAGCAUUACCGUGCCAGAGCUUAAGCCAGCUCUGGAUUCUUUGGGAGAUGGAAGGUUGAUGGCGUAGGGUUUUGGAAUUGGUUCUCUGCAAGCUCACCGACUCGGCAACGUCAAUUAGUUGUGAUUUGGCGAGGAUCGGAUCACGGAAAUUGGACUUUUGGAAGUAUUUUCUGAUUUUGCUGUCCUGUGAAAGACCAAGGCUGCGGGGAGUGCUUUACGUCUUUUUCCUUCACGGGUUAUUGAGAAUUAGUAGUCGAAUUGGGUGGAGCAACAGGGGAUCUAGUGAUCGUCGCGUCGUCCUGCAGGCAACGAUUGAAUCUGUACUAGUCGGGCUGUAUUUUGUAACAUGCUUUGCAUGUUGCAUGCUUUAAGGGGUAGUGACUCAGGGCACGUCUAAGUUAGGGUACUGCCAACGAGAGGGUUUUGAAUUGAGAAUCUUUGGAACGUAGGAUGUGAAAUCAAGACCCACUGUUCUAAAGUUCUGUCUUCGAAGCUUUAUUUGCAACUCGGUGCUUCUUAGAUCAUCAUGACAGCAGCGUCCGAAGAGGGUACGGAGAACAAUGGCUCCGCUGAACCAGGUGCGCAUGAUGCCGAUACUCAGGAGUAUUCGGAUGUGGAUCUCGCUGCCUUUGCUCAUCGCAGCAAGCCUCAUGAUAAUAAUGGAGAUCUGAAGUCUCCAUGGGCACGUCUAGUUUCUGUCGACAAAAACUUUCCAAACAUAGAGCUGGCAAACAGUGAGGUCUAUGUGGGUCGAGCAGAUGUCGUAAGUGCAAGUGGUAAAGAAGACUUGCACAUUAGCAAAGCUCACUGCAAAAUUUGGAGGAGUGGUGAGAAUGGAUCAUGCUACAUACAAAAUUUAAGUGUCAACGGGACGACCGUUCAAGGAAAGCCCAUUGAGAAAGAUCUGCAUGUAGUUCUUCAUCAAGGUGACGAAGUUGCUCUUGGACCUCAUCCUUCAGGUUGUCCGGUCUUCAUCUUUCAGAUUAUCAACAAAGUUCAGCUUGGGCAGCAAAAGAGAGGACCUGAGGUUGAAGCAGACACAGCUGCUGUUGAUGUGGCUGAGCAUGAGGGAGAAACUGCGCCGUGUCCAAAGAGGCCGAAGAUGAUGGAGAAUCUUGAAACAUUCAAGUGCAGCAUUUGUCUAAAUGUAUGGCAUGACGUAGUAUCUCUUACACCCUGUCUUCAUAGCUUCUGCAACUCAUGCUUUUCUGAUUGGUAUCGACGAUCUCGCAAGAUUGGAACUGAGUGCAAGUGUCCUCAAUGUCGUGGCACUGUCACAUCUGCAAGUCGGAAUCAUACCCUUAGAGGCCUCGUGGAGGAUAUAUUGAAGGAAGAUCCAGAUCUUUGUCCUUCACCCGAGCAUAUCCUGGAAAUGGAGAAGAAAUCUCUAUUCAAAGCUGGUUCCGAGUCACAGUUCAAGUUCGGAAAAGACCGCUGGGCUGAUGAUGAGAUGCAAGAAUCGACGGUACUAAGUUCAGAUGAUGAAGAAGAUGAUGAAGAAGACGAGGAGGAAGAGUACAGUGGAUGCUUUCAAUGCUCAGUGCAUGGAGAAGGAGAUGAUUUCGGGGGGUUUCAGUGUGCUCCGGACCAGCCUCACCUGACGUGUUCUGGCUGUACUAGUGCAUUUCCAGAAAGACCCGAUCUUGAACAUGUCGCACAGAAGUGUCAAGUCUGUACGAAGGCAUACUGCAGAAGUUACUGGGAGUCACAGUCACAUGUUCUUAGUCUACCUUUAACUUGUCUCAAGAUCGAGCCGAUGGCAUCUAGAGAGUAUCUUGAGAUGCCGAUUGAGACGUACAGUGGCAAUACCUAUGAGCAAGAGGUCACAAGACAGUACAUGGCAGAACAAGGCCUCACUUUGCAAGCUGUAAUGAGAGACUGGCUUCCAAGACUUGACACUGGUCAAGCAGGUCAGCCUCGAAAUGCUUUGCACAUGCAACAAAGGGUCACCUCAUGCUCUGCUGUCUGCGACAAAUGCGCAGAAGAGGUCAUCGCGCACCUUUUAUACGAGUUCCGACGUUUUGUGCCAAAAACCGAGCUGCCCCCAGAUGCUGCGGGUAGGCCCGAUUGUUGGUACGGGCACGAAUGUCGGACUCAAAUCCACAAGGAAAGUCAUGCCCGUAAACUCAAUCACGUUUGCGACCCCACCACUCGCAACUCUCUUGCGCGAUAAAUGCAAGAGGGCAUAGAUCUGAAGACUGGGCAGUUGUGAUUACAAUUGCCUCGCCGAUGGCAGCUUGCAGGGUGUUUAUUCUUCCUAGAGUUACUUUACUCUCCAUAGACUAUCGGCUAAAUGGAUGAUUCGUAGGCCUUUUAAUUCAUACUACAAUGUUGCUGCCGGGCUUGGAUGUACGGGUGUCAGUUAGACUGACACCCGUACAAUGUUGCUGCCCGGCUGUAAUCUACGGGUGUCAUUUAGAAUUGACAACCGUAGGUCCAUGAAGCUCUCAAGGGUUUCUCGGUGCGAGAAGGGCCGUCCUCGAGUUCUUCUGGAAAUCCAAUCAGGCGCUGGAUUGUGCCUGAGUUAUGGAGGCAGGUCUUAGGCUGGAAAUGUGUCUUAGGUUUAUGUCUAUGAACAGGGUCUAUUCCACUUUUUGGAGUAAGUUAACAUGGAAGAAUUUUGAAGCGCAGACGGCAUUCUUGAACGAACUGACUGACCUAGAAACAGUUGUCGUAGGUGAUCUAUAAUUUGUGCUCCAAUGAGAUUGUAAACAAAUGAAGGUUCUCGUUUGAGGUCUCAUAUUGCUAAGCUUUUCGAACACGCAGGACUUGAUCAGUACUUUCAAGGCAGAUCAGCUUUCAGUUGGUUAAGUAAGCGCAGUAAACAAUGUAACAACUUCUCUAAGCGUCAUGGUUUUUUGAUAACCCGAUGUAUGCAUGCAUGGCAUAACGUGUGAAUAAAGGACGGAAUGUGACAAC